GGGUGCAAUGCAAGCAGGCAGGUUCUACACGGAGCCGAGGUCGCCGGACGGCCGCCGUGUCCUCCGUUUCACGAGCUGUCCUUUCCUCUGCUCGCUUCCUUCUUGCUGGUUUUCGAGCCUUUCCGUUUCAUAUCUCCUUCCUUUCCUUUUUGGCCCGAUCCGUUUCCAGGGUGUUCGUCCCGGACACGUACAAGGAAAGGAAAGGAAAGGCGACGUGAUAAAUAUGGCCCUCGUUGUCCUCGUCGUCGAUAAUUUCCUUGGCCGUGGACGGACAGAUCGAUACGCCGACGUGACUUGUACGAUCAGAUCAAGCUUGCGAGCGAGACAGCCGGUAGAUCCAUGGACGACAACAUGCUUGCUGGCUUGCUGGCGGGCGCCGGCCUCCCCGUGCGGCCGCCGGGCGGCGACACGCCGCUCCCCGACUCGUCGGAGCAGAUCUACAUCGCCCCCGUCGCGCUCCUCAAGAUGCUCAAGCACGCGCGCGCCGGGGUGCCGAUGGAGGUGAUGGGGCUGAUGCUGGGGGAGUUCGUGGACGAGUACACGGUGACGGUGGUGGACGUGUUCGCGAUGCCGCAGAGCGGCACGGGCGUGAGCGUGGAGGCUGUCGACCACGCCUUCCAGACCAACAUGAUGGACAUGCUGCGGCAGACGGGGCGGCCGGAGAUGGUGGUGGGCUGGUACCACUCCCACCCGGGCUUCGGCUGCUGGCUCUCGGGCACCGACGUCCAGACGCAGCUGAGCUUCGAGCAGCUCAACCCGCGCGCCGUCGCCGUCGUGAUCGACCCCAUCCAGAGCGUCAGAGGCAAGGUGGUCAUGGACGCCUUCCGCCUCAUCAACCCGACGGCGAUGCUCACGGGCCACGAGCCGCGCCAGACCACGUCCAACGUCGGCGGCACCGUGCGCCCCUCCGUGGAGGCGCGCGUCCACGGCCUCGGCGUGCACUACUACUCGCUCGCCAUCGGGCACCGGCAGAACGAGGUCGAGGAGCGCAUGCUCGCCUGCCUCAACCGCAAGCGCUGGUCCGACGGGCUCGUCCUGCAGAGGUUCGAGGACGCGGAGAACGCCGGCGCCGUGAGCGGGAUCCGGGACCUCGCGGUGCAGUACGACGCGCAGGUCAGGGAGGAGGACGUAACGCCGCCGGAGAGGCUGGCCGUGGUGAGGGCGGGCAGGCUGGACGCCAAGAAGCAGCUCGGGGAGAGAGCCGAGGCCGCCAUGUCCGGCAACAUCGUGCAGGCGCUGGGCAUGAUGCUCGACACGGUCACCUUCUAGGCAGUACGUAUGUGACUUGGGUUUCAUCGGUUCAGCACUAUAAUUGAUUUGGGCCUGUUCCAUAGUUGGAUGAUCUUCGUUUGUCUACGGUGAUCGCUUUUUGCAAGGAGCUUUGCUACGGACAUGUCUGCAAAAGAUGGUGCUGAAGAUAUAUUGACGAUCGACUCUGCUCUUUUCGCCAAAAGAAAAAGAAAUAAAUCGACUCUGCUCUUCGGUUCUCUGAAUAACCUUUCUGUGUUUUAAAUUGACGAGUCAGCAUCAAAAUGACAGUUUAAUCUCAUGAGAGCAUGGUUAAUAAUAUAGCCAGCUGCUGGCUAUAUGAUGUUGCCAUGUCACAUAUAGUCAAGCUUAUAGCCAACAAGUACAAUAGCUAGAUAUAAAUAUGUACUACUACUUUUG